ACUGCUGAUGCUCUCUCCAUUGCAAUUACAGAAAACUGUAAGCGAAUUCAAUAAACGGGGAAAAAAAAGUUCAUUUCUUGGCGGGAAAGCUCGACAGCGAUUGACAUCCUUCGCUUCCGGCAAUAAUGAUGGCGGAUCCGUCGCAUGGUCGGGCCAGCUUCUGGACUCAGGCCAAUGCUCUCUCCAGAAAGAAUUUAACUUUUCAGAAAAGGAACAUGAGGACAAACAUAAGGCUCAUUUGCUUCCCAAUUUUCCUCUGUGUACUUUUUGUUGCCUUGCAAAUUUUGGUUGACAAUCAACUGGAUAAGCCAAAUUUCCGGUGUGGGUGUAGUGGGAAUGUUUGUGGGAUAGAGUACUCAACACUUACUCAAGCAACAUUUUGUCCAAUUCUUAGCCCACCUGAAUGGCCCCCGCUGUUACAGAUACCAGCUCCAGAGUUUCGUGCAGUGAGAAGUAACUCUUUGACAUCUACAGACUUGCCAAAGAAGGCACGCAGGAAAACAGGAUCUUGUCCAGCAACUUCAUUUAUUACAGGGAAUAAUCAAUCGUUUGCAGAAAUUUUGACUAGUAACAUUUUCACCAGCUUCGCCAUAAAUUCCUCUGAUCUAAUUAGCAGUUUAGCCAGCAAUGUCUUCGGUACAGCAACAUAUCCUCAAUCAAACAAUUAUAUUGAGCCUGCUUUCCUUUCGAAUCUUCCCAUCUAUAGUGUUCAAAGACGGUGCAUAUCGAACUCUGCAUUUUCAGUUGUCAUUAAUCGAUCAUCAAUUAAAACAGAACUACAGGUACAAUGUGUUCAAGGCUUUUAUUUGUGGCGCAAUAGUUCUUCUGAGAUGAAUGAUGAAAUGUAUAGAGGUUACAUGAAAGGGAACUCUGAGCUGGAGAUAAAUGAGAUUGUUGGAGCUUAUGAUUUCUUAAAUUCUGAUGGGAAUAAUUUUAAUGCCACCAUCUGGUACAAUGCUACCUAUAAAAAGUACACUCCUGGUCUUCCAAUAGAAUUGGUGCGAGUUCCGCGAUCUGUAAAUCUGGUAUCCAAUGCCUACCUUCAGUUUUUGUUAGGUAGUGGAACAAAAAUGCUUUUUGAGUUCGUCAAAGAAAUGCCAAAACCGGAAACUAAACUCAGACUGGAUUUGUCAUCUGUUCUGGGGACACUCUUCUUUACCUGGGUUAUUUUACAGCUGUUCCCUGUGGUGUUGACAUCAUUAGUGUAUGAGAAACAGCAGAAGCUGAGAGUCAUGAUGAAAAUGCACGGCCUUGGUGAUGGACCUUAUUGGAUGAUAUCUUAUGCCUAUUUUCUUGCCAUAUCUUUGCUGUACAUGUUUUUCUUUGUGAUCUUUGGAUCAGUUAUAGGGUUGAAAUUUUUCACACUUAACGACUACAGCAUCCAAUUUGUGUUUUACUUUCUCUACAUAAAUCUGCAAAUUUCUCUGGCCUUCCUACUAGCUGCAAUGUUUUCAAAUACAAAGACUGCUUCAGUGAUCUCAUACAUAUGUGUAUUUGCAACGGGCCUCUUAGGUGGCUUUCUCUUUCAGCCGUUUCUUCAAGAUAAAUCAUUCCCAAGAGGCUGGAUUAUCAUACUGGAGUUAUAUCCUGGCUUCUCUCUUUAUCGUGGAUUAUAUGAGUUUGGACAGUAUUCUUUCACAGGAAAUUAUAUGGGAACUCAUGGGAUGCAGUGGGGAGAUUUGAGUGACAGCAUGAAUGGGAUGAGAGAGGUCUUGAUUAUCAUUCUUGUUGAGUGGAUUGUGGUACUUCUUGUUGCUUAUUAUGCUGAUCAAGUGGCAUCUUCUGGAGGAGGGAAAAGUCCUUUAUUUUUCUUGCAAAACUUUCGGAAGAAACCUCUUCCAUCUUUUAAAAGGCCUAGUUUGCAAAGGCAAGGGUCUAAAGCUUUUGUUGAUAUGGACAAACCUGAUGUCUGUCAGGAGAGGGAGAAGGUUGAACAACUGCUACUUGAAUCCAGCACAAGUCAUUCCAUUAUCUGUGACAAUCUCAAAAAGGUAUAUCCAGGAAAGGAUGGAAACCCUGAGAAAUUUGCAGUAAGGGGGCUAUCUCUUGCUUUGCCUAGAGGCGAGUGCUUUGGCAUGCUGGGACCAAAUGGUGCUGGAAAGACCUCCUUUAUUAGCAUGAUGAUUGGACUCACAAAACCAACCUCCGGGACAGCAUUUGUUCAGGGUUUGGAUAUACAGACUCAUAUGGAUGCUAUCUAUACCAGUAUGGGUGUCUGCCCACAACAUGACCUCCUAUGGGAAACCUUAACGGGAAGGGAGCACUUGCUGUUUUAUGGCAGACUGAAAAACCUCAAAGGUUCUGUCUUAACUCAAGCAGUGGAAGAGUCUCUAAAGGGUCUCAACCUAUUUUAUGGGGGUGUUGCUGACAAAUAUGCAGGGAAAUACAGUGGAGGUAUGAAGAGGAGGCUCAGUGUUGCCAUUUCUCUGAUUGGGGAUCCCAAGGUUGUUUAUAUGGAUGAGCCAAGUACUGGACUAGAUCCAGCUUCAAGAAACAAUCUAUGGAAUGUUGUGAAACAAGCAAAGCAAGACCGGGCAAUUAUUCUCACCACACAUUCAAUGGAAGAGGCAGAGGCUCUCUGUGAUCGAUUAGGGAUUUUUGUAGGUGGCAGCUUGCAGUGUAUAGGAAACCCAAAAGAGUUGAAAGCUAGAUAUGGAGGAUCUUACAUAUUUACCAUGACAACUUCUCCGGAACAUGAGGAGGAAGUUGAGAACAUGGUACACUGUCUCUCUCCAAGUGCUAACAAAAUAUACCAGAUAUCGGGGACGCAGAAGUUUGAGCUGCCAAAACAAGAGGCGAACAUUGCAGAAGUGUUCCAAGCAGUGGAGAAGGCAAAGAGCAGGUUCACUGUUUUUGCUUGGGGUUUGGCUGACACCACUCUUGAGGAUGUCUUCAUCAAGGUUGCUCGUGGAGCACAGGCCGUUAAUAUCUUGUCUUGAUUUGCCUCUCAUAUUUAAUCUUCAUAUAUAAUGCUAUUUUGUACUUUUAUUCAAUUUAAACCUUCACAGUAUAUUGUUGACAUUCUAAGCUGAAAGUCUAAUGGAAUUUAUUUCUGGAUACGUAACCCUGUUCUGUUAGCGCAUUGCAUAUUUGAAGGAUUAAUCUUGCAGGCGUGAAUGUUUUGUCUUGCUUCUGGUUUGAAGGCGUGGCACUAGUUAAUG